AUGGACCCCCUCAGUGUUACGGCCAGCAUCAUCGCGAUUCUUCAGCUUUCAGCUGAGGUGCUCAGCUACCUAAACGACGUCAAGGAUGCCUCAAAGGACCGCGAGAAAUGCGCAAUAGAGGUAUCCAAUCUUCACAGCCUUCUCUUCAGUCUAAGGUUUCAUUUGGAAGAGGCAGAUGCCAGCCAGUCAUGUUAUGUUGCUGUCCGAAAGCUCGCAGUCGAGAAUGGACCGCUGGACCAAUUCAAACAGGCAUUGGAAACACUGCAAGUCAGGAUGACUGACGGGAGUCGCCUGAAGAAAGCUGGUAAUGCGCUCAUGUGGAAGUUCAAGAAAGGCGAGAUUUUAGAGAUUUUGGUUCGAAUAGAGCGCCUGAAGACACACAUAUCGGCCACGUUGCACAUGGAUCAUUUCAAACUUUCGCAAGAUCUCAAAGAUGAUACUAAAUUCGUUCGGGAGCAUGUAUCUGUUGUCCAGUCUGGGGUAAACACGAUUCAACAAAACCAAGAUUCUGCAAAGCACAGCAGGCUUCUGAACUGGAUAUCGGCCUCGGACUACCCCGCUCAACAAUCGAGUAUCAUGAAGCAUAGGCAGGAAGGAACUGGACAGUGGUUUCUGGAUACGUAUGAACUCGCACAUUGGAUCAAUGAGAGCAAGGCUACACUCUUCUGCCCAGGUAUCCCCGGAGCUGGCAAGACUAUGAUCGCAGCUAUCACAAUCGACCAUCUACUAAAUACAGCCCAGAACACUUCACACGGGGUUGCUUAUGUGUACUGCGACUACAAAGCUCGAGAGGAACAAGACAUUUCGAACCUACUGGGCGCCAUUCUCAAGCAGCUAGUCCAGAGCCAAUUAUCGACGGCGGAUUGCUUAGAACGAUUGUAUCUGAAGCACACCAACCGAGGAACUAAGCCAUCCCUCGACGAGAUCUAUAGCACGCUCCAAGAUGUGGUUGCAUCUUAUCAAUCUGUAUAUAUAGUGAUCGAUGCAUUGGAUGAAUGCCAUGGAGGCACUCGUUGCCAGUUCCUGGCCAAACUCCGAGAUCUUCAGGCAACACACGAUGUUCACUUGAUGGCCACCUCGCGAUUCAUCUCAGAUAUCGAGGAUGCUUUUAGUACAGGGCCAAGUCUCGAGGUGCAGGCUAGCAGAGAGGACGUCAAGCGUUUCGUGGCUGGGCAGACGCAUCGUUUAUCUCCAUGCAUACAGCAAGACAUAGAGCUGCAGGAAAGAGUACAGGAGAAGAUAGCAAAUGCAGCGGGUGGCAUGUGA